GUGCGGCUGCGGCAGUCAGUGCAGUGCAUCGUCAAAUGGGUGUUUGACGUCCAGUGCAGUUGGAGGCGUACUAUUCAGUUGAUCUCUUUCAAUGUGUAGACGCUGGUAGUGUAGUCGAGGUCUUAGAAGAUGGGGGAUUCGAUCGAGGCGGUGCCGGAGGGCACGCCCGAGCCUGAAUCUGUGGCUGUUGUCGACUUCAACGACUUCUGUAACUACAUUCGCAAAGUGGUGACAGUGUUGCUGCCAAACGUCGACACCGUUCCACCGGCCCUAAAUGCGGCCCUGCAGGACCGUAACAACCAGGAGUGCAUCCGCAAGUUCAUCAGCGACCAGCAGGUGCCGGUGCUCUUCAUUCAGCGAACUUCGACCAAAGAUGAAGAUGGAGAGCCAACAGAAGGGGAGGAGAAGGAGGAAGCAUAUUACUUAUCCAAUCAGGUCCAGUACACCAGUCCCAAGGAAAGCAGCCUUGUUUGUGUCAAGAGAAAUUUGGUGGUGGAAGCCGACAAGAACAUUCACUCACAGCUCCGUCUCACCAAUUUCUGUGAAGGCUCUCCUUAUGAGACAAUCCAUUCCUUUGUUAGCAAGUGGAUGUCUCCUUACUUCAAGAGCUAUGUGAAGGAAUCUGGUAGAGCUGAUAGGGAUGGAGACAAAAUGGCCCCAUCAGUGGAGAAGAAGAUGGCAGAGCUGGAAAUGGGCUUGCUGCAUCUUCAGCAGAAUAUCGACAUUCCAGAAAUUUCCCUGCAGAUCCAUCCAGUGGUCAUAUCGGUCAUCAAGCAAUGUGCAGAUGAAGGCAGGAAGCCCAGAGUGGCAGACUUUGGAGAUAGGGUUGAAGACUCCACUUUCCUUAAUCAGCUGCAAACGGGUGUCAAUAGAUGGAUCAAAGAAAUUCAGAAAGUGACCAAAUUGGAUCGUGAUCCAUCCUCUGGAACUGCUCUACAAGAGAUUAGCUUCUGGCUAAAUUUGGAGCGUGCUUUACAUCGGAUUCAAGAGAAGCGAGAGAGUUCAGAAGUGGCUCUGACUCUUGACAUUCUUAAGCAUGGAAAGAGAUUCCAUGCCACUGUGAGCUUUGAUACUGAUACUGGUUUGAAGCAAGCUCUUAGCUAUGUUAAUGAUUACAAUCCCUUGAUGAAAGAUUUCCCAAUUAAUGACUUGCUGUCUGCAACUGAACUUGAUCGUAUCAGAGCUGCUAUCUUACAAAUCUUUGCUCAUCUUCGUAAGAUUCGUAAUACUAAAUACCCUAUGCAAAGAGCUCUUAAACUGGUAGAAGCCAUAUCUCGCGACAUGAGCUCUCAGCUUUUCAAAGUGCUUGGUACAAGGCGUCUGAUGCACAUCCCUUUUGAUGAAUUUGAGAAAGUGAUGACUCUCUGCUUCAAUGUUUUCCUGACUUGGGAUGAUGAGUACGAUAAACUUCAGCAACUUCUCAGGGACAUUGUGAAGAAAAAGAGAGAUGAACAGUUGAAAAUGGUCUGGCGUGUGAAUCCUGCCCACAAGAAGCUCCAAGUCCGCAUGGAAAACAUGAGACAAUUCAGACACCAGCAUGAACAGCUACGAACUGUAAUUAUGCGAGUUUUGCGUCCAAACAUUAUGAUGGUUCUCUCGGGGAGGACUGAGCCACCGCCGCCAGAAGGUGGAGAUGCCUCUAACUUGAAGCAAGAUGCUCUUGCUAUUGAGGCUGCAGAUGCCAACGCCAUUGAGGAAGUUAACUUGGCUUAUGAAAAUGUGAAAGAAGUUGAUUGUUUGGACAUAAGCAGAGAAGGAAUGGAAGCAUGGGAUGCUGCUGUGCGGCGCUAUCAGGAAAGAAUUGAUAGAGUUGAAACUCGCAUCACUGCACAUUUGAGGGACCAACUAGGCACUGCUAAAAAUGCCAAUGAGAUGUUCCGCAUUUUCUCUCGUUUCAAUGCCUUAUUUGUGCGCCCUCACAUCAGGGGUGCUAUCCGGGAGUAUCAAACUCAGCUCAUUCAACGAGUGAAGGAUGACAUUGAGGCCCUCCAUGAGAAAUUCAAGGUUCAGUAUCCUCAAAGCAAAGCUUGUCGUAUGAGCCAGGUACGAGAUCUGCCACCAGUGUCUGGUUCCAUUAUCUGGGCCAAACAAAUUGAUAGACAAUUAACUGCUUACCUCCGCCGUGUAGAAGAUGUUCUUGGCAAGGAUUGGGGUAACCACAUUGAUGGUCAGAAGUUGAAAAAUGAUGGGGAUAGUUUCCGCUUGAAACUAAACACUCAAGAAAUAUUUGAUGAAUGGGCAAGGAAAGUUCAAACACGCAAUUUGGGUGUGACAGGACGCAUUUUUGCCAUAGAAUCAACUCGCUCUCGCUCUGGGCGAGGUAAUGUGUUACGCCUCAAGGUCAACUUUUUACCUGAGAUCAUUACACUUUCUAAAGAGGUUCGCAACUUGAAAAACUUAGGAUACCGUGUUCCAUUGGCCAUUGUGAAUAAAGCCCACCAGGCCAACCAGACAUACCCGUUUGCCAUCUCCCUCAUUGAAAGCUGCCGGACAUACGAAAGGACUCUGGAGAAGCUAUGCAACAGAGGCACUGCAAACAGUCCAUCGUUCAAGGUUGAAGACAAAGCAUCUAUUGUUCCUUUGGUUGCUGGUAUGAGGAAAGAAGUUCAAUCUCUGAUUGGUGAAGGUAUUGGACUUGUCUGGGAGAGCUACAAAUUGGACCAGUAUGUGCAGCGUCUGGCCGAACUUGUAUUUUCAUUUCAAGAAAAAGUGGAAGACUUGCUUCUUGUUGAAGAGCAGCUUGACGUUGAUGUCAGGUCCCUGGAGACUUGCCCCUAUUCAGCCAAUACUUUUGCUGACAUCUUGGCUAAAAUCCAACAUGCUGUGGAUGAUUUAUCACUUCGGCAGUAUUCCAACUUGCACAUUUGGGUUCAACGUCUUGACCAGGAAGUGGAGAAGAAUUUGGCUGCACGCCUGCAGGCUGGAAUUCAGGCUUGGACUGAUGCUCUAGAUGGCAAGAAGAAAGAAAUUGAUCAUAGUAUGGACACGGAUGCACCAACUCAACCGACGCACAAACCAGGAGGAGAUCCGCAUAUUCAAAUUGUGACCCAUGAAGUACGCAUCACCAACCAAAUUAUGUAUUUGUAUCCCAGUAUUGAGGAAGCCCGCUUCCAGAUUAUGCAACAGUUCUUCUCGUGGCAAGCCAUAGUGACAUCUCAGAUUCAUCUUCAGAGUUGCCGCUAUCAAGUUGGGCUGGACAGACCUGUCUCUCAAACUUAUCGCAACUUACUCAACAAAUUGCCUCAAGGUAAUGCUGUCCUUGCUGGUGCCUAUGAGUCUAUUGAGAAUAAGAUUGCUCAAGUGCAGAAGUAUGUUGAUGAGUGGCUUCGGUAUCAAUCAUUAUGGGAUCUUCAGGCUGAUAAUCUUUACAGCCGCCUUGGGGAAGAUAUAAAUCUGUGGAUGAGAUUCUUGAAUGACAUUAAGAAGUGUCGUACAACCUUUGAUACUUCUGAAACAAGGCGUGAGUUUGGCCCAGUGGUGAUUGAUUAUGCCAAAGUUCAAAGCAAAGUAACUCUAAAAUAUGAUGCAUGGCACAAAGAUACCCUGAGUAAGUUUGGUGCUCUGCUUGGAAAUGAGAUGUCUCAAUUCCACUCUCAGGUGUCCAAGUCAAGGAGUGAACUGGAAGAACAAUCAAUUGAAGCGGCAAGCACAUCUGAUGCAGUCUGUUUCAUUACCUAUGUUCAAUCUCUGAAGCGGAAGAUGAAAGCUUGGGAAAAGCAGGUUGAAGUGUACAGAGAGGGUCAACGCAUUCUUGAAAGGCAGAGGUUUCAGUUCCCCCAGAAUUGGCUUCAUGUUGAUAACAUAGAAGGUGAAUGGGGAGCUUUCAAUGAAAUCAUCAAGCGCAAGGAUUCAUCAAUUCAAACGCAGGUUGCUACCCUUCAAAUGAAAAUUGUCGCAGAGGACAAAGCUGUUGAAUCAAGAACCAACGACUUCCUUACGGAUUGGGAAAGCAGCAAACCCGUGGAAGGAAGUUUGCGUCCUGAUGAAGCUCUUCAACAGCUCAAGAUCUAUGAAACCAAGUUUACUCGUUUGAAGGAGGAGCGUGACAAUGUGGCGAAGGCCAAGGAGGCUCUGGAACUUCAGGAGCCUGGUGGUAUGAACACAUCUGAAGAUCGAAUGCAAGUUGUAUUUGAAGAGCUCCAAGAUCUUCGCGGUGUUUGGUCUGAAUUGUCUCGUAUCUGGUCUCAGAUUGAUGAGUUACGAGAGAAACCCUGGCUGUCAGUUCAACCCCGUAAACUGCGUCAACAGUUGGAUACCUUGAUGUCUCAACUCAAAGAAUUACCUGCUCGUCUGAGGCAAUAUUCGUCUUAUGAAUAUGUUAAACGCACUCUGCAGAGUUACACCAAGGUGAAUAUGAUGAUUGUGGAACUGAAAUCUGAUGCCUUAAAGGAACGUCACUGGAAGUACCUCAUGAAACAGUUGCGUGUUUCUUGGGUCCUGUCUGACUUGACUCUUGGUCAAGUCUGGGAUGUAAACCUUCAAAAGAAUGAAUCUGUUGUCAAAGACAUCAUUCUUGUAGCUCAAGGAGAGAUGGCUCUGGAAGAGUUCUUGAAGCAGGUGCGAGAGUCAUGGCAGAGUUAUGAACUUGACCUCAUAAAUUACCAAAACAAGUGUAGACUCAUUAGGGGUUGGGAUGACCUCUUCAACAAAGUGAAGGAGCAUAUCAAUUCCGUUGCGGCUAUGAAGUUGUCCCCGUACUACAAGGUGUUUGAAGAAGAAGCACUUACAUGGGAGGAGAAGUUAAACCGCAUCAAUGCACUUUUUGAUGUCUGGAUUGAUGUUCAAAGAAGAUGGGUAUACUUGGAGGGAAUCUUCUCAGGAAGCGCUGAUAUCAAAACACUCCUACCUGUGGAAACUUCUCGUUUCCAGAGUAUAAGCUCUGAGUUCUUAGGAUUGAUGAAGAGGGUUUCAAAGUCACCAAUGGUAAUGGAUGUCUUGAACAUCCCUGGUGUUCAGCGUGCGCUAGAGCGUCUCGCUGACCUGUUAGGAAAAAUUCAAAAAGCCCUCGGAGAGUACUUGGAACGGGAAAGGACAUCAUUCCCAAGGUUUUACUUCGUCGGAGAUGAAGAUUUACUUGAGAUCAUUGGUAAUAGCAAAAAUAUUGCACGGCUCCAGAAACACUUCAAAAAGAUGUUUGCUGGAGUUGCGGCCAUUCUCUUGAACGAAGACAACACUGUUAUCACAGGCAUAGCCUCUAGGGAAGGAGAAGAGGUGACCUUUACGACUCCUGUCUCUACCAUAGAACAUCCGAAGAUAAAUGAGUGGCUGUCCCUAGUGGAGAAAGAGAUGAGAGUCACACUGGCCUCUCGUUUGGCUGAAGCUGUUCAAGACAUCAAGCAAUUUAAGGAGGGGUCCAUUGACCCUAAUGCUUACAUGAAGUGGUGUGACAAGUAUCAAGCGCAGAUUGUUGUUUUAGCAGCACAAAUUCUGUGGAGUGAAGAUGUGGAAAGUGCUCUCCACCAGAUUGCCAGUACAGGUGGUGAACCGAACAUGGCUCCUUUGGAAAGGGUGUUGGGCCAGGUUCAAAAUACUCUUACUGUACUGGCGGAUUCGGUUUUGCAAGAACAACCAGCACUUCGACGUAAGAAGCUUGAGCAUCUCAUCAACGAAUUUGUCCACAAGCGCACAGUGACAAGGAGAUUAAUUGCUAACAAAACGUCUGGGCCUAAAGUUUUUGAGUGGCUCUGUGAAAUGAGGUUUUACUUUGAUCCAAGACAGACUGAAGUGUUGCAGCAAUUGACCAUCCACAUGGCAAAUGCUAAGUUCUUUUAUGGCUUUGAGUAUCUGGGUGUGCAGGAUCGCUUGGUUCAGACUCCGCUAACAGACACUUGCUACCUGACCAUGACGCAGGCGCUUGAAGCUCGUCUUGGAGGUUCUCCAUUUGGACCUGCUGGUACAGGAAAAACUGAAUCAGUUAAAGCACUCGGUCAUCAACUGGGAAGAUUUGUUCUGGUUUUCAAUUGUGAUGAAACAUUUGACUUCCAAGCUAUGGGAAGAAUUUUUGUUGGUCUCUGUCAAGUUGGAGCAUGGGGUUGCUUUGAUGAGUUUAAUCGACUUGAGGAGAGAAUGCUUUCAGCGGUUUCACAGCAGGUGCAAACAAUUCAGGAAGCUCUGAAAUCUCAACAAGAUGGCAAGAAAGAAGGAAUGAUCUCUGUGGAGCUUGUCGGGAAGCAAGUUAAAGUGUCAACAGAUAUGGCCAUUUUCAUUACCAUGAAUCCUGGUUAUGCUGGACGUUCAAAUCUACCUGAUAACUUGAAGAAGCUCUUCAGGUCUCUUGCCAUGACUAAACCAGACAGACAACUCAUUGCUGAAGUGAUGUUGUUCUCUCAGGGCUUCCGCUCUGCAGAAAAGCUUGCCUGCAAAAUUGUGCCUUUCUUCAAGCUUUGCGAUGAACAGCUUUCUAAUCAAUCUCACUAUGACUUUGGUCUAAGAGCUCUUAAAAGUGUGUUGGUAUCUGCUGGAAAUGUGAAGCGCGAUCGCAUCCAGAAAAUAAAAGAAGAUAUGAAGUCUCGUGGAGACUCAAACAUUGAUGAAGCAAUGAUUGCUGAGAACCUCCCAGAGCAAGAGAUUCUGAUCCAGUCUGUGUGUGAGACCAUGGUGCCCAAGCUGGUGGCUGAGGACAUUCCCCUGCUGUUCUCCCUGCUUUCUGACGUGUUCCCCAAUGUGGAGUACACGAGAGCAGAGAUGGCCGGGCUCAAAGAACAAAUAAGAAAGGUCUGCCAGGAGGAGUAUCUUGUAUGUGGAGAGGGAGAAGAACAGGGAGGUGCUUGGAUGGAAAAGAGAUACGCAGGAGAAACAUGGGUUGAGAAGGUUCUUCAAUUGUAUCAAAUUUGCAAUCUUAGUCAUGGACUGAUGAUGGUAGGCCCAAGUGGAUCAGGCAAGAGUACUGCCUGGAAGGUACUUCUUCGCUCGCUGGAAAGACUGGAAGGCACCGAAGGAGUCGCUCAUGUUAUUGACCCCAAGGCCAUUUCCAAAGAAGCCUUGUACGGUGUUCUUGACCCCAACACUCGAGAAUGGACUGAUGGUCUCUUUACUCACAUCCUGAGAAAAAUAAUUGAUAAUGUGAGGGGAGAAAUUAACAAGCGCCAAUGGAUUAUAUUUGAUGGUGAUGUCGACCCAGAGUGGGUUGAAAAUUUGAACUCUGUCCUUGAUGACAAUAAACUGCUAACAUUGCCUAAUGGAGAACGUCUGUCCCUGCCACCUAACGUUCGGAUCAUGUUUGAGGUUCAAGAUCUGAAGUAUGCAACUUUAGCCACUGUGUCUCGUUGUGGUAUGGUUUGGUUCUCUGAAGAUGUCCUGUCAACAGAAAUGAUAUUUGAAAAUUACAUGUUGAAACUUCGAAACAUUCCUCUGGAGGAAUCAGAGGAUGACAGUCUGGGCAAUUUCACUUCCAAGAAAUCCAGCACUGAGAAGGAUGAUGAUCUAUCUCCCACUCUGCAGAUUCAAAGAGAUGUUAGCACCAUUCUUCAGCCCUACCUUUCACCUGAUGGCCUUGUUGUGAGAAGCUUGGAGUACGCCAUGAAGCAAGAACACAUCAUGGACUUCACUCGCCUUCGGGCUCUCAGCUCCCUUUUCUCCAUGCUCAACCAAGGUGUUAGGAAUGUCCUUGCCUACAACCAUUCUCAUUCAGACUUCCCUCUGACAAGUGAACAGUUGGAUAGCUACAUUCCUAAGUGUUUAGUAUAUGCACUUCUUUGGAGCUUUGCUGGAGAUGCUAAGCUUAAAGGACGUUCUGACUUGGGUGAUUUCAUUCGUUCAAUCACAACAGUUCCCUUGCCCCCUACAAGUUCACUUCCAAUUAUCGACUAUGAGGUGACUGUUGUUGGUGAAUGGAGUCCAUGGUCUAACAAAGUACCCCAAAUUGAAGUGGAAACCCACAAAGUUGCUGCUCCAGAUGUGGUUGUCCCCACCCUGGACACUGUCAGGCAUGAGUCUCUGUUGUACACUUGGUUAGCAGAGCACAAGCCCCUUGUCUUAUGUGGGCCCCCUGGUUCAGGAAAGACCAUGACUCUGUUCUCUGCUCUUCGAGCACUGCCUGACAUGGAAGUGGUUGGUCUCAACUUUUCAUCAGCCACAACUCCUGAGUUGCUUUUGAAGACUUUUGACCACUACUGUGAAUACAGAAAGACUCCCAAUGGUGUUGUGUUGUCUCCAGUACAGCUUGGAAAAUGGCUUGUUCUGUUCUGUGAUGAAAUUAAUUUGCCUGAUAUGGACAAGUAUGGAACACAACGUGUUAUUUCAUUCCUCCGUCAACUUGUUGAACACCGUGGGUUCUAUCGAAGCUCAGACCAGGCAUGGGUUUCUUUAGAGCGCAUUCAGUUUGUUGGGGCUUGUAACCCUCCCACUGACCCUGGAAGAAAACCGUUGUCUCACAGAUUCUUGAGACAUGUCCCAGUCAUUUAUGUUGACUACCCUGGAGAGACCUCUCUAAAGCAGAUUUAUGGAACAUUCAGUAGAGCAAUGUUGCGGCUCAUACCUCCACUUCGUGGCUUUGCCGAGCCCCUUACAAAUGCUAUGGUCGAGUUCUAUCUUGUAUCACAGGAAAAGUUCACUCAAGAUAUGCAGCCCCACUAUGUGUACUCUCCAAGAGAAAUGACCAGAUGGGUUCGUGGUAUUUGUGAAGCUAUCAGACCUCUUGAAACUCUCAAUGUGGAGGGUUUGGUACGCCUGUGGGCCCAUGAAGCCCUUCGUCUGUUCCAAGACCGUUUAGUAGAUGAUUCAGAGCGAAGGUGGACGAAUGAAAAUAUUGAUGUAGUGGCUCAGAAACAUUUCCCUGGCCUUGAUAAGUCGCAGGCCCUUGCUCGACCCAUCUUGUACAGCAACUGGCUUUCAAAGGACUACGUUCCUGUGAACAGGGAAGAACUCAGGGAAUACGUCAAGGCCCGCCUUAAAGUUUUCUAUGAAGAAGAGUUGGAUGUCCAGCUGGUGCUUUUUGAUGAAGUACUAGAUCAUGUUUUGCGCAUUGAUAGAAUUUUCCGACAACCUCAAGGGCAUCUGCUUCUCAUUGGUGUUUCUGGUGCAGGCAAGACCACUCUCUCUAGAUUUGUUGCUUGGAUGAAUGGCCUUUCUAUCUUCCAAAUUAAGGUUCACAACAAGUACACUGGUGAGGACUUUGAUGAAGAUUUGCGUGCUGUGCUCAGACGCUCUGGCUGUAAGGAUGAGAAGAUUGCCUUCAUCUUGGAUGAAUCUAAUGUGCUAGAUUCAGGAUUCCUGGAAAGAAUGAACACUCUUCUUGCCAAUGGAGAAGUUCCUGGACUGUUUGAAGGUGAUGAGUACGCUACAUUGAUGACUCAGUGCAAAGAGGGUGCCCAGAGGGAAGGUCUCAUGUUGGACUCUAAUGAGGAGCUUUAUAAGUGGUUCACUGGCCAAGUGAUGCGCAACCUCCAUGUCGUUUUUACAAUGAACCCAUCCUCUGAGGGUUUGAAAGACCGCGCCGCCACUUCUCCCGCAUUGUUUAAUCGAUGUGUGCUCAAUUGGUUUGGAGACUGGUCUGAUGGAGCCUUGUUCCAGGUGGGUAAGGAAUUCACCAAUACCGUCGAUCUUGAUCGCCCAAGCUGGAAAGCGCCAGACUUCUUCCCAUCUGUGCACACUGGGCUGCCAGCACAGCCGUCUCACCGUGAGGCAGUAAUAAAUGCCUGCGUGUAUGUCCAUCAGACACUACACAAAGCUAAUGCAAGACUUGUCAAGCGAGGCAGCAGGACGAUGGCCAUCACUCCAAGGCAUUACCUGGACUUCAUCCAUCAUUUUGUCAAGCUGUACACUGAAAAGCGCUCAGAUUUGGAAGAACAGCAGCUUCAUUUAAAUGUUGGGCUUAACAAAAUUGCAGAGACUGUCUUGCAAGUUGAAGAAAUGCAGAAGUCUCUAGCAGUUAAAUCUCAGGAGCUAACAGCCAAGAAUGAAGCUGCCAAUGCAAAGCUCAAGCAGAUGGUGAAAGAUCAGCAGGAGGCUGAAAAGAAAAAGGUUCAGAGUCAAGACAUCCAGGCUGAAAUUGAGAAGCAAACUGUGCGCAUUUCAGAAAAACGACAAGUUGUGAUGGAGGAUUUGGCACAGGUUGAACCUGCAGUCAUCGAUGCCCAGCAAGCUGUGAAAGAGAUCAAGAAGCAACAGUUGGUUGAAGUUCGAUCCAUGGCGAAUCCUCCUGCCAUAGUUAAACUUGCUUUGGAGUCUAUCUGUUUAUUGUUGGGAGAGAAUGCAACUGACUGGAAGGCCAUCAGAGCUGUUGCAAUGAGAGAGAAUUUUAUCAAUUCCAUCGUCUCCAACUUCAACACUGAGAAUAUUACUGAUGAUGUUAGACAGAAGAUGCAUGAUAAGUAUCUCAAUAAUCCGGAUUAUACUUUUGAGAAAGUAAAUCGUGCCAGUAUGGCUUGUGGACCUAUGGUGAAGUGGGCCAUUGCUCAGGUUCAGUAUGCAGACAUGCUUAAGAAAGUUGAGCCCCUUCGAGACGAAUUGGGUUCUCUCGAACAACAAGCAUCUGAAAACAAAAAUAAGGGUGAGGAGGUGAAAAACCUUAUUGCUCAGCUGGAGAGGAGCAUAGCAUCAUACAAAGAAGAAUAUGCCCAGCUCAUCUCUCAAGCUCAGGCCAUAAAGACGGACUUGGAGAAUGUGCAGGCCAAGGUGGACCGCUCCAUUGCGCUUCUGAAAUCCCUUGUCAUUGAGAGAGAGAGAUGGGAAGCAACAAGUGACACAUUCAGGUCUCAAAUGUCAACUAUCAUUGGAGAUGUUUUGCUUUCAUCUGCAUUCCUGGCCUAUGCCGGUUAUUUUGACCAACAUUAUCGUCAAAACUUAUUUGCAACAUGGUGUCAUCAUCUUCAGCAAGCCGGCCUGCAAUUCCGUGCUGAUAUUGCUAGGACAGAGUAUCUUUCCAAUCCUGACGAGAGGCUUCGUUGGCAGGCCAAUUCUUUACCUACUGAUGAUCUGUGCACGGAAAAUGCUAUUAUGUUGAAGCGCUUCAACCGUUACCCAUUGAUAAUUGAUCCAUCUGGGCAGGCUACUGAAUUCAUAAUGAACGAGUUCAAAGAUAAGAAGAUCUCCAAAACAUCUUUCUUGGAUGAUUCAUUCCGUAAGAACUUGGAAUCUGCUCUCAGAUUUGGUAACCCACUGCUUGUCCAGGAUGUUGAAAAUUAUGAUCCUAUUCUGAACCCUGUGCUGAACAGAGAGUUGCGCCGCACAGGUGGCCGUGUUCUCAUUACUCUGGGCGAUCAAGACAUUGAUUUGUCACCUUCAUUCAAUAUCUUCUUGUCAACUCGAGACCCAACUGUGGAAUUCCCUCCUGAUAUCUGCUCUCGAGUCACCUUCGUCAACUUCACUGUUACCCGCAGCUCACUGCAGAGUCAGUGCUUGAACCAAGUAUUGAAGGCCGAGAGACCUGACAUUGACAAGAAGAGGUCUGACCUUUUGAAGCUUCAAGGCGAAUUCCACCUGAGGCUGAGGCAGCUUGAAAAGAGCUUGCUUCAGGCUCUGAAUGAUGCAAAGGGGAAGAUACUGGAUGAUGACAGUGUGAUAACCACUUUAGAAACGCUGAAGCAUGAGGCUGCUGAAAUCAGCCAGAAGGUGGAAGAGACUGACAAGGUCAUUGCGGAAAUUGAAACAGUGUCUCAACAGUACAUGCCGCUCUCUCAAGCGUGCAGUAACAUCUAUUUCACCAUGGAUAGCUUAAACCAAAUCCACUUCCUGUACCAGUAUUCGCUCCAGUUCUUCCUGGACAUCUUCAGCUCCGUCCUGCACAGCAACCCUCGCCUCCAGAAUGUGACUGACUACAACCAGCGGCUGGCCGUUGUGACCAAGGACCUGUUUGGCGUGUGCUACGAGCGCGUGGCCAGGGGCAUGCUGCACACGGACCGGCUCACCUUCGCCAUCCUGCUGUGCCGCAUCCACCUCAAGGGCGUGCCCAACGAGGCCAGCCUGGACUCGGAGUUCACGUUCUUCCUGCGCGGCAAGGAGGGCAUGCUCAACUCGUCGCCGCCGGCCAUCGAAGGGCUGAACCAGGAGCAGAUCGAGGCCAUGGUGCGCCUGUCGUCGCGGAUCAAUGCUUACAAGCACCUGUCCAAGAAGAUCAAGGACUCGCCGGAGUUCCCCGGCUGGCUGCAGCAGAGCUCGCCCGAGCAGUGUGUGCCCGCGCUGUGGGAGGAGGACAAGCAGCUGAGCGCCGUGGCCGUGGCCAUGCACAACCUGCUGCUGAUCCAGGCCUUCCGGCCCGACAGGGUGAUCGCCGCGGGGCUGGCCCUGGUGGCCGCCGUGCUCGGCGAGGAGUUCAUGGUGGCGGCGGACCGCGAGCUGGACCUGGCGACCAUCGUGGACGCCGAGCUUCGCGCCAACGUGCCGGCCCUGCUGUGCUCGGUGCCUGGCUACGACGCGUCCGGCAGGGUGGACGACCUGGCCGCCGAGCUGGGCAAGCAGAUCGCCGCCAUCGCCAUCGGCUCGGCCGAAGGCUUCAACCAGGCCGACCGCGCCAUCAACCAGGCGGUGCGCUCGGGCCGCUGGGUGCUGCUCAAGAACGUGCACCUGGCGCCGCAGUGGCUCGUGCAGCUCGAGAAGAAGCUGCAUUCGCUGCAGCCCCACGCAGGCUUCAGGCUUUUCCUCACUAUGGAGAUGAACCCCAAGGUGCCGGUCAACUUGCUGAGAGCGGGCCGCAUCUUCGUGUUUGAACCGCCGCCAGGCAUCAAGGCCAACUUACUGCGGACCUUCAGCACUGUGCCUGCUUCUCGCAUGAUGAAGGCCCCGAGCGAGCGAGCUCGGCUCUACUUCCUGCUGGCCUGGUUCCAUGCCAUUGUCCAGGAACGUCUACGCUACGUUCCUCUGGGCUGGGCCAAGUACUAUGAAUUCAAUGAAUCUGACCUGAGAGUUGCCUGUGAUACUCUAGACACCUGGAUAGAAGCUACUGCAAUGGGUAGGACCAACUUGCCGCCAGAGAAGGUCCCUUGGGAUGCCCUAGUUACCCUGCUGUCUCAAUGUAUUUAUGGAGGCAAGAUCGACAAUGACUUUGACCAGCGGCUGCUGAAAUCUUUCUUGGCCAAGCUCUUCACCCCGGCUAGUUUUGAGGGUGACUUUGCUCUUGUCGCCAAUGUGGAUGGGGUUGGUGGUGGCCCUGGGGGACAACGGCACAUCACCAUGCCUGAUGGCACCAGGAGGGACCACUUCCUGCACUGGAUUGAGGCGCUCUCCGACAGGCAGACACCCUCCUGGCUGGGACUUCCCAACAACGCAGAGAAGGUUCUGCUCACCACAAGAGGAACGGACCUGGUCGGCAAGCUGCUCAAGAUGCAGCAACUGGAGGACGACGACGAGCUGGCCUACUCCAGCGAGGAGGGCCUGGACCAGACGCGCGAGUCGCUGGGCGACGGCCGUCCGUCCUGGAUGCGCACACUGCACAACUCGGCCGCCACGUUCCUGGAGCUGCUGCCGAGGUCGCUGCCCACGCUGCGGCGCACCGUGGACAACAUCAAGGACCCCCUGUACCGCUACUUCGAGCGUGAGGUCAACUCGGGCGCCAAGCUGCUGCGCGACGUGGUCCACGACCUGGAGGACGUGGUGCUCAUCUGCCAGGGCGAGAAGAAGCAGACCAACUACCACCGCACCAUGCUGAGCGACCUGGUGAAGGGCAUCAUCCCACCCAGCUGGCGCCGCUACACGGUGCCCAACGGCUGCACCGUCAUCCAGUGGGUCACGGACUUCUGCUCGCGCGUCAAGCAGCUGCAGCAGGUGUCGCAGCUGGUGUCGCAGGGCGGCGCCAAGGAGAUCAAGACCCACCCCGUGUGGUUGGGCGGCCUGCUAAACCCAGAGGCCUACAUCACCGCCACACGCCAGUGCAUCGCGCAGGCCAACAGCUGGUCGCUGGAGGAGUUGGUGCUGGACGUGACCAUCUGCGACGGCCAGGAGGCCAGCCAGCUGCCCGACGAGUGCAGCUUCGGCGUGACGGGGCUCAAGCUGCAGGGCGCUAACUGCAAGAACAAUCAGCUGCUGCUGGCCACCACCAUCAUGACAGACUUGCCCACCACCCUGCUGCGCUGGGUGCGCGUGGCGCCCGGCACCGAGGUGCGCUCCUCCAAGCUGUCCCUGCCCGUGUACCUCAACUCGACGCGCACGGAGCUGCUGUUCACAGUGGACCUCAACAUCGCCCCUGGCCAGGACCAGCACAGCUUCUACGAGCGCGGUGUCGCCGUGCUCACGUCCACGGCACUCAAUUAAACUGCUUUGUCCACUCUAAUCCUAUAGUCAGUUUUUGAAACCUCCAUUUGGAAUGAGGCUUUUAACCAUGUUUUUUUAUUAUGCAGCUUAUUUUUGUGUAUGUUUAAUAUUUAAUAUUUAUGGAGAAUCUUGUGACGUAAUCAGAAAAUUGUCACUUAUGGACUGUAAUGUAAACUUUGUUGAAUAAUUAAUUUAUGCUUUAUGAAAACUGA